AUGACUUCGGAGUAUUGGUUGACUAAAAACAAAUUUAAUCUAAAUAUUUUUGCACUACAGAACUUAAAAUUCAAUUCAGGUCUUAUAGGCGAUGUUAAUAUAUUGAAUUGUGAUAAUAUUAUAAAAACAGACCAGCUUAAAAUAUUUGACGAGAUGUUGGCUAGUAAAAAUAUUGUGGCAAUGUACAAUCCUAAUUAUAAAAGUUUGAAUAAACUUCAGCGACAAUCUUUAGUUGAAAAAAACGAUCAACUUACUUCUGAGAUGAUAAAUAAGUAUGAAGUCGAAUUUAAUGAGACCAACAAUCAUUUUCAACACCUAGUGAGGACACACUUGACUGAUUCACUUGAAUUGAUAAAGCCUGUUAAUUUUAUUCCAAGUUCUGAAUCUAAAAUGACGAAGCCGACUAAAGCGAUCAUAUCAUUUGAACGAAGUAUGAAUGAUAGUAUUAUUCGCGCCGCAAGUGAAACUACAUUUUCUUCAUUAGUAAAUGAAGUACAAAGCCUGAAAAUUUCCAAUAAAAAAAUAUCUGAUGACAAUGAUGCAUUAGUAAAAGAACUGAAAAAGUUAUCUCAAAUGUUGGAAGUAGUUCAGUUUAAUUCGAAAAUUGCUGAAAAACAAGCUUCUGGAGGCAUACCACCACCACCGCCGCCUCCACCUCCCCCAUUGCCGUUAUCUUCGCAGAAAACUCCUAAAAAUAAUAAAAUGCAUACUCCAAGAAAAUCCUCCAUACCACAGAUAGAGAAGAGACCCGUUAUUACAAUGGAUGAUCUUCUUAAAGUGACAUUGCGAAAAGCACCUAAGAUUGACAAGGAAAAACCAAAGGCAGCUUCAGAUCCUCAGCCUGUAAUAUCUUUAGAAAUGCUUAAAAAUGUCAAGCUUAAAUCAAUCAAACAACGGAGUCAAAAUUAUAAAGUAAGAUCUCCAAUCGGUCUUAAAAAUCGCAACAGAUUUCAAAAUGUAAAUCUUUCACCAAUUAUGGCCGGAGCUGUUAGUCCUUUGAGUAGAAUUUUGAGUCGUGGAGAAAGCGUUAGACGAAAACCGAGAAAAAUCCUUGUGAGUCCUCGAGAAGAUGAAGAAACUCAUUAA